GACACGGACCUGAACUUGACGGACCGUUUUACACCGGGUCGCUCACGCUUUAAUUUUCAUUUUUUUUUUUUACAUCGCCGUGGCCCUGUGUUUAAAUAUAACGGGAUAUGUUUGACUGAGUAAUGAAUUAUAACAAAGAAUGGAUUUUCAGAGGAUUGAACUGAGUUGAAGAUAUUUAGAUAUUUUAAAAUGGACCUCUCCUUGCUGCUCUCCUCCCUCCCUCAGCCUGUGUCUCCAGCUCAGCCAAUAACAUCUCUACUCUCUUCUCUGAGCGAUCUGAUUAGUUCCUGCCCUGAUAGUGCCCUCCUCUCCGUUGUCUUUAAAGUCAAGCAGCUUUUCUCUGGCGCAGAUUGUGAUUGGCGGCUUUCCUCCACCAAUCACAGCACGGCGUCAGAGCAGGGUGUGGAGCUAGGGUACCUCUCGUUAUCACAAGCUCUGAUUAGCCGCUGCUCCCUGCCACUUGCCGAUGAUGAUGUCAGUUCUGUGGCAGAGUCGCAGUAUGAUGUGAUCAGACUCAGAGUUCAAGCUGUGAGCCACACCCUUGUCUCCCUGCUGAGGGUUGUGGGUAAAAGCAGUGCAGAAGGUGGGGCUGAAUCCAAAGUGGGCGGAGUUUCGGAGAGAAUCCUGUUCACUGUGGCUCCGGACAUCUGUGUGUUCGCUGUUACUCACUUCCAGGUGGCGCCAUGGAGCAGCCCAUCAUCCAGAUCCACUGCACAGGAAGUGAUGGGAGUGCUGCUGGAGGUGGGACCAUGGACGGACUCCGUCCACCUGCUCGUAGGGGAUAGGAAGCACAAGGAGGAUGGGCAAAGGUGUGGGGCCAAGGGGAUUCUGGGACCAGUCCUGGACCUGCUUCAACCUCAGCUCAGCAAGGAGUCAAUGUUUCGCAGUGAAUCGGUGAAGCUGGUAUUCUCCUGGGCCCUGCUCCAGGUGACGCGCCCUGACGUUUCCCAAUACCUGCCUCGGCUCCUGCCACCAUCGCUUCUGCUCACGGACCACUACAGACCAGAGAACUGUAUUUUGGGAGUCCGCUGUCUGCAUCACAUCGUCCUACACACGGCGUGUGCAGAUCUGCGACAGUUGAACAGAGCAGAGGUCCUGUAUCAUGCUGUGUUUAGACUCCUGUGCAACAGCCAACCUCAGGUCACUCAGUGUGUCCUUUCCUAUCUGAUGGACCUGUUGCUGGUUUUGGAGAAGCACCCUUUGUCUCCAAGCACCACCCCCUCUCGGAGAUCUGCCAGCCGCCAUGAUGACGUUUUGAGAAUGGUCCUGACGCAGAUGGAGGGGGAGCAUAAGCUGGCUCUGCGGCGGGUUUAUGCCUCUGCACUUCCUCCACUUGUUGACAGGUGUGGGAUUACAGUCUGCAGACACUUGAAGCGCCUGGAGAGAGUGAUCCUGGAGUACCUGGAGCUCAGUGACCCUCCAGACGAGACCAGCCGAAUCCACAUCCUCCUCACCCUGAACCAGACUCUGCAGACUGCCUGGCCCCGGGUGAACCAGAGGAGAGGACAGCAGCUCCUCAAGGCAGUGCUGCGUUUGCUGGUAGAUGUUUCUUCAGACAUAAAUCUCAAAGACUCAGUGAAGCGAGAGAUUUUUGACCAAUCAGCCGCAAGUAUUCGACUAUUGGACGUCUGCUCCAACAGGACACUACAGUGUCUCCUCCUGCAGGUCGACAGCAGUCAAUGCAGCAAAGACAUCCUACAGGUUUUACACUCAGCAAUGACCAAAACUCCAACGUGAUGGAAACUGUAGAGGGACAAAUAUUGAACCAAAAACCGGGCGAAAGACGGCACUUAACCAAGCAGCUGUCCACUGUUCCCACUUAAAAGCCCAUAGCAGCAGGACAGACGGCAGAACAGCAACAAGUGAAGGAGCACAAGAAAAGGCAAAAAGAUUGUGUAGAAGAUCUGCACAACUGUCUGCUAGGAAUCCCAAAAUGCCUGCUGGUAGUGCAAAUAAAACUGUCCUUGGGAGCAAAUUUUUCACAAUUACAAGUUCCCACAUACACACUACGUGAAAGUAUUUUAUUUUUUAAAAUGUAGUAAAACUAUAACAUUUUUUCCUUUCCACAAAAGUGCAUUUUUCAAUCCUACGGCAACACUGUAUCAUGAUGUGUUUUUAGUUGAGAAGGCUGUGAGAGGCUCUGAGAAAGCUGCUUGAUUUUGGAAAAAAUCUCAUUGGAUAUAAAAAUCCUGUGCGUUUCAUAAGAGAUUUGAAGUGGUCCAACCUACUGGUUUAAGAUUUUUAUUUCCAAAAAACUGGAUAUGUUUGCAGUAGAGAAUCUAUUAUAUUACCUAUAUUUACCUAAAUAAUUGUGUCAGUUCAAAUUGCAAAAGAUUCAUUCUACCAUAUUGUGCUUCCCUACUGUCCAGUCACUCUUGUGAAUGAAUAUCAUUAUUUUAGAAGCUCUAGUGACAAAAUAAUUUCACUUAUUUGUCUUGGCAGAGAAACUAUUGAGUUUCCAAUUUUGUCAGUAAUCAAAGAGGAAACAACCAUAAGCCAGGACACAGCACUAGCAGUUUACCACAGAAUUCGGACAUGUCUUCCACUUCAGUGUUCAAACUGCCUCUUUAUAAUGUUGUGAUGUAAACAUGUUAUUUCUGUUCAUAAACAUUUUUAACUAAAUAGCCAAUGCUAGAAUAUACUUUUAGUAGCAGUAACAGAUCAUGAAUAAAUACAUAUAUAGCAAACAUUUUAUGAAUAACAGUUUUACAGAUGCCAUUAACACUGCAGUACUGACCUAUCAAUGUCUCUCUGUGUGUUAUUUCAGAAAGAAGCUUAACACUUACAGUAAAAAUAUGGAAUGUACAGUGACAAUGUUUUUUGUUCUGUUUUUGCCUAGUAUGAAAAAUUUAAUAAAUUAGAAUGAUUAAGG